ACAAACCACUUCUUCGCCAAAGUUUCUCACGUUUCAGGAAGUACUAUGCCACAAUGAGGGCGCAAAUUCAUGUCGAAGAGGCUUGUCUUUGCAAGAAUACGUUAUUCUUGGAGAUACAGUGACCUCUACUAUCAAUUUAGAUUCGUUAUUCCUGGAGAUGACUGGUCGUGUGUCCCCUGCUCUCGGCGCGAUGUCUAACUCGCAAGAGAUGCAAAACAUGGGAUCUCGAGGAUCCGACUAUCCAUACGAAGGCAGUGAAGAUGGUGCCGAGACACAGAGGUCGAUAAAUAGAAGUUUUCGGCAGCUUCCCAGCCGCAGCGCUCAGAGAUCCUUGCAUAACGCAAGCACUAGAAGACGGGGCUCUAUUAGUAGAAGAUCCAUGAGACCAACUCAAGAUGUUGAGGUUAUAAACAUCGAGGAUUAUAUCGAUGGGGAAGACGACAUGGCAAGCCCGAAAGAACUUGCUCAACCGAUGUCUGCGAAACGACGCUACAAGAGAUCAAUGCGAAAUAUGAAGGCUCAAAAACGGAUCUCAAGAUGGAAAGCAUUCAAGUUGCGAGUUGCAAUGUACUGGCAGUCAACAACAUCUUCAGUCUCUGAAUGGAGUCAAGAUAUUGAAUUAUGGAAAGGCCAUUUAAAGGAAGUGGAGGGUCGUUUUGGAAAUGGAGUUUUGUCCUUUUUUCUUUUCUUGAAGUGGUUACUGUUUUUGAACUUGAUCAUCUUUUUACUGGAGUUUGGUCUAAUUUCACUGCCAGCAGUAAUCAUUAAGAAUAGUGCUACACAAGUGAAUACAAGUUCAUGUGACAUUACUGCACUUGAGGCACAGAGUGUUUCAAAUGGUGUGGCAAACAAAGUUCUGGACUUUGUGACAGGACAGGGCUGGAUAAACACAACCCUCAUGUUUUAUGCUGGAUACCCGGCUGCUGAGUUGUUAUCAGAGGAUGAUGUCAAGUAUGACCUCCCUCUGGCUUACCUUCUGGUUGGAGGUGCCUAUUUUUUUGGUAGCCUUCUUCUUAUGGUUCGGAAUUUAGCUAAAAGUUUCCAGCAAAGCUACAUUGAAGGUGGUGGAACUACCUCCUCCUUCUGCAACAAAGUGUUUGCCGCAUGGGAUUACUGCAUUAGUGAUGAAAACACUGCUAAGAUCAAGAGUCAGAGCAUAGUACAAAUUGUCAAGGCAGAAUUAGCUGAAGAGGAAAGACUUGUGAAAGUUCAAAAUCGAACAACUGGUGAUAAAUGUCGCCUGUAUACUUUGAGAUUUUUCACCAAUUUACUGGUGACAUCGUUACUGGGUGGAGCUGUAUAUGCCAUCAUUAAAAUAGUGAAUGUUUCUACAAACUCUAGCCAUCAAAAUGCAGCUGCAGAAAUCAAUGAAUUUUUGGUGACAGUGUUGAACUUUUCGCCAUCGCUGACAAUCACCUUUUUGAACUUUAUUUUACCAUUGCUUUUCAAUGCUUUGUCAAAUGUUGAAGAUUGGAGUCCUCGUUUUGAAGUGAAUAUCAACUUGUUUAGGACUGUGUUGUUAAGGUUAGCAUCUAUAGCUGUACUGAUGAUCACACUCUAUGUGGAUGUGGAAACCAGAUGUGAUGAAGACCAAAAGAAGUGUUGCCAGCAGAACUGGGAAAACCAGAUUGCCUCACAGAUGUACAUGUUGAUAUGGAUUGAUUUUUUCCUGCACAUUGCUGUAUCUCUUGUGGGUACAACGGUUUGGAGACUGUUGUACAAGUAUACAUCCUUUUUCAAGAGAUUUGGCUUGCCUGAAUUUGACAUCCCAAAACAGGUUCUACAGCUUGUUUAUGGUGAAUGCUUGAUUUGGAUUGGGACCUUCUUUAGCCCCCUUUUGCCAGCAAUGGGUGUUGUUAAACUUUUCCUGGUGUUUUACAUCGAAAAGGUGGCCCUGAUGUUCAAUAACAAGCCAUCAGACAAGGUUUAUCAAGGAACACGCUCAAAUUAUCUGUUUACAGUUUUACUGCUGAUCUCCUUCCUCAUGUGUCUUAUUGCUGUUGGUUGGGGAAUAACAAGGGUGAGGCCUUCAUGUCAAGGACCAUUUAGCAAUUCAGACUGUAAUCCAGACAAGCGAAUUUUUGAUGUUUUGAGUACAGAGAUUGACUCUUGGCCACAAGCAAUCCAAGAAAUUAUAAGAUACAUUGGUACAGCAGCAUUUAUUUUCCCAGUUCUGAUGGUAAUCUGCUUGAUUCUGUACUACUUCAGAUCUAUGUCAAAGUCUCAUUUACACAUGAUUGAAAUGCUGAAAGAUCAGUUAGUUCUGGAGGGUAGGGACAAGAGGUUCUUAAUGGAAAAACUGAUGGAGGGUGAUAAGCCUGCUGGUGAUUUAGAUGAUGACACAUCUUCAGGGGAGACACAGCACACUUCUCUUCGACCGUCAAGCAAUGCACAGUUCUAAUGGAAGUAGAUUAUUACAUUAUUUAUUCUCUUGUCAUCACAGUUUCCUGAAACAUUUCUUAGUCAGUGUCAGUCUAUAAUAUUGUAUGUGGCUUUCUUUAAUGGUAUUUUUCUCCUUGAGAAUUUUGUCGGCUAAUUAUUUUGAGAUUGGGUAGUGUUAGUUAUUAUUUAUGAAAAAGUAGCUCUAUUGGAGGUUUGCCUUACUUUGGGAUACGUUAAGUGGACAUGUAACAAAGCAGUUCAGGAACCAUUGUAAAUAUUAAUUUUAUUUCUUAUCAAUCAGAGUGAAGGCUGUAUGAUGAUUCUACAUAUUGUAACAUUGAAAGUACCAGAAUUUGUAUAGUAGUUGACUGGGUGUGUGCUAGGCCAGCAGUGCAUAAAGUUUUAAUUAAGCACAUACAAUUAUUAAUAAUAUUAACUAAGUGAUAAGGUUGGCUGGGAUUAGAUUUAGCUAAAGGUCGUGACUUAUGCAUGGACUAAGCAGAAUGCAGUCCAGAUGGUAUAACUACAUGUUAUUGAUAAAGUAAACUCUCUCUUCCCCCCCUUUUACCUUGCAUUUUGCAGAUCAAGGGACUAUUGAUUGGUCCCUAUGGCUUUCUUGUACCUUUGAUCGUGCCUUUGAGUGCAGCCCUAGUUUGGGGAUUUUUUUUAGUGAAUGUUUUCUAUACAAGCAUGUACAGGAAAAAACAGCCCACUGGAUAGUAACCAACAAUUUUUAGCUGACUGACUGUAAAGACGUCAUUCAAUGUUACAGUAGCUCCAUGUACUGUGACUCCAGAUCACAGCAAUUUUACUGCUAUAUAUGAUAGCAGAUAUUUCAUUUUGAUAGAUUAUGCUAUUUAAAUCUAUGAAAAGCUAACUAAAGGCAAAAGUGAUGAACAAAGAUUAUUGAUGGUAAAGCUUGAAAGUUUUUGCAGGAAAUUGUUCAACAUUAGCUUUUUGGUGUGAUGCAGGUUACUUACUAAUGAUCUAAUUUCAGAGAUACUUCAGUGCAGGUUUGACAGUUAUACAAGGUUGAACACUGUUACCUAGGGAAAGGAAGUCAAGAAAUUUGAAACUCAAUUUCCACAUGAACAUGUUGGUAAUAUUUCUAAAGCAUGUUAAAAAAUCUUUAGAUUGAAGUGACUUAUUUGGUCUUCAAAUAAAGGUGCAUUUUGCAUUUAACAAAAAUGUUUUCAGGCAUCAAGGUUGAAUUGCAGUGGCCUUCAUGUCAUAACUGUACUUUUAAGUCAUUACUGGGAAAAACCCAGCCUAAGAGUGGAAAAUAAGUGCUCUUUGUGUUACUCUGUAAUUCAUACACAAAGAAUCAUGCGUGUGCAAAUUUGUUUAUUGUCAGUUUGGUUACUAGACAUGAGGCAUUUUGAAGAUAAUAAUGAGUAUUUUUCUACAGUAGAGGUUUUCUAUUUCAGACAGUAUGUAAUUUGUAUGUUUACAUAUUUAUAAUGCACGAUUAGAUUUUGUGCAGUUGUGUACAUAUAUCUCUUCAUCGUGUUGUCAGUACAAUUAUUUCAUAGUUGUAGCUGACAAAAUUAACUGACUUGUGUGUGCACCUUGAUUGCAGCUUAUUACUGUCUUAAGGUUUACAUUAUUUCUAAAUUCUUGCAUGUGAUAAUUAUGUCUUCUUCAGGGUCUUAAAGGAGAGUUAUACUCCAGAAACCAUGGUAUUUUUACCUCCUCUAUUGACUUGAAUAGCACUAUUUGUACAACAUUUUAAGACAGAAUCUAAAACUGUUUGAACAUGUAAAAUUUUAUUAAAGUGCACCUAAACCCAAACAUAUUUUUUCCCUCAACGAAAUAGGUGUAUUUUUUGGAGUAUUUCUGUGCAAAACUUUUUUUAUUUGCUCAAAUCUUCAAUUUUCUGUGCCCAGUCAAAG